ACAGCAAGUAAGCAAUUUAAAUAGAGGAAUUUUAUAUUGACAAUUAGGCAGUUCUUCAUUACCGGCCCACACUUUUGUACCUUUUGUUUCUUUUGUUUAAUCUUUAAUUGCAUACUUUUUUGAAGCACUAUUUUCAUGUCUUUAAACACAAAUCAAACAUUAUUUGUUGUUAUAUUCAGUCUAAUAGCGACGGUUAUAUUAUUAACAGGGUAUGUGUGCUGGUUAAGAAGAUUGAAAAUGAAAGCCAAGAAGGAUAUGCUGUCAGGGCAGCAUCGACUUGAAAGAGAACAGCAGCAAAAUAUGUAUGACAAUUUAACAGCAAGUCAACUGCAAGAAUUAAAGCCAGUGCUACUACAAAAGCUGUAUAAUCAUAAUACAACGCAACCAUACCAUGACGAAACCCUACCUAGAUAUACCAACCCAUUCGAGGAUACCCCGCAAUAUACCCCUACAACAGCACCACCUAUUGCUACUACUAAUACUACUACCAGACAAUAUCAAAACCAGCAUCGCGAUGUUAUCAAUAUAUUCGAUGAAUCCGAGACAGAUGCUACUAUCAUCCACAUAGGUCAAGAAAAUACUGCUGUAGGAAACCCAGUGUUACGACAAUAAAACAAUAAAGAGAGACACAAACUGCGUGAAU